AUGGAUCAUUUGCAGUCGUUUACGUUACCAGGUGUUCGACCUUCCAAUUCAGAACCCAGUUCAAGAGCCGCUUCACCGCUUGAUCGGCCGUCGUACACCUUCAUCGACCACGACGAUGACUUGACCUCCAAACGAAUCAAAGAUGUCAAAGCCCGCAAGGCGAUCCGCUCACAUGUUAUGCGCGAUGUACGCCGGCGAGAGAGGCUAGCAGGAACCAAACGAACAUCGAGGCGAGAUAACCGGGAACAGAUAGCUACAAAGUCUCGACGGAAGGUCGUUGAGGAGUCUGAGGGCCAACAACUGGUUUUGAGGGCUGUAUCCCAGACCUCUGUCUCAUCGAUAGGGGAUACGGACUUCGAGAGCAGUUGUUCUGAUUCAAGACCUCGUCGAGCACGCCCGCCGCGAUGGCUGGCUGGCUACCCGUUACCUUGUCAUUUGAGCCUCAACCCACGGACUUUGCCUGCAUCAUGGUUCUACGAUCCUUUCUGUUCAUUGCCUGGAACGGGCGAGCUCCCUUCUACGGUUGCACAUUUGGUUUAUUACUGGAAAUCUGUCUUUGUUCCCAUGACCUUUCCGAGCGGCCUCAGAGACUCGGAAAUCCCUGAGCUAGAGUUAAUGGUCCGAUCUUCCUUCUCUGACCCGGGAAGUUUCUUCGGUCUCAUGAGCAUGUGCGCUGCGCACCGAGCCGCCUUGGCCAUGAAUCGCCUUGAUCCUUUCAGCACGAUCGAUGGCCCUGAUCGGGUCAUCAACGAUUCUGACUACUGUAUCAUGAAAGCCAAAUCAAUACACGAGAUGAACACCAAAGUACGAGACCCAAGGUUAGCACUCAGCAACGAGGCAUUCGAUACAAUUAUCAAUCUCCUCACUGGAUCAUUAAUCGCAGGUUUGUUUGACGAAGCUCGGGUUCACCUGACUGGCCUAAGGCGCAUGGUGGAGCUUCGUGGUGGUAUCACGGAUAAGAGCAUCAGCUCAUCUUCAAUGUUGUCGGCGAUUCUUACAAGCGAUGUGAAGGCCGGUACAGGGCUGUUAGCUAAACCGGUAUUCCCACUGACUUGGGACACACAACCCGUACCUCUCGAUAUACAGCACCGAAUUCGACCUCCCCCUUCAUCACCAAUUCGACGGCUUGGCUCUGGGUUCUGGGCGAAUACACUUCUCAGUCCGCCAUUACUACGCAUCUUGAACGUGAUACGAGACAUGAUCUUUUACAGUAUCACCGUCCAGGUUGCGCCCCAGGCCAUACACUUCAGCGACCAUGAUUUUUUCCGAGUGCUCAAUUGCGAAACCGAGCAUCAACUGCUCAGUUAUGUUUACACUGAAGACUCCAGGUCCGAGAGAAUCCACCCGAUUGAAGCAGUCACCCGUGUAACUUCGAUCUGCUUUCUCAACUACUUUCUCAUUGUCUCCCCUCCGUCCUCGGGCCUUGGUCGGGCUCUCACAAAACAUCUCAUGAAAGUAGUGAACAAUUUCAGACUCACUCUUCUGCUUGAGCUACCCAAUGAGAACUUCGGAUUGUUUGCCUGGGCUUUGUUCAUUGGAGCUCAAGGCUCACUCGGUCAGCCCGAGCGACCUUGGUUUGUAGAGCGGCUGGCUCGAGUCGCAAUGUUAUGUGAUUGGCAAAGCUGGGAGCAGGUAGCUCGGGUCUUAACCGACUACUUCUUCAUUGCGGCUGCCCAAGGAUCCAGAUGGCGGGCCAUUUGGGACGAGGCGAUGGCAGGGUUUGUAAUCUCCGCGAAUGAUGUGUGCAACAUUUAG